AUGGCUGGCAUACAAGAAGAAGAAGUGAAAAAUUUCAUUCGUCGAGCCCUCGUUACAACAGACCCGGAGAAAGCCGUCACAGAAUACUUCGUAUCAAAGCAGGAAGAUCGAAAUAUUAAAAAGUAUCCUGCAUGGGAUAAGCCAAGAGUUUACCCGGCGUUAGAAGUAAUCAGAGCGCAAUGCGAAUUAUCAAGAGCCGAGGAAAGAUUGCAUCUAAAAUGGGCGGAGCAGGAGAGGAAACGGAAGAUCAUGGAUAAGCAGUGGGAUCAAAUGAGACGGAAGGAACUGGUCCUUCGAGAAUCCUUCAUAAAGUUCAACAGAUUCGUCAGGGAGAAUCAAGAGAAACGCGAUCGCGCGGAGGCCAAGAUCAAGGAAGAACGCGAGCGUCAAGCGCAAAGGCAGGAAGAAAUCGACGAAUUAACGGAAAAGUUGCGUUACAUGAACGAGGUUCGGGAGAAAAUGAAUAAAUACGUAGGAGAGUACAAGAAAUAUCAGAACUAUUUAGAGAGGGUGGUGAACGAGACAGGGGAAUUCAAUUCGAUUUCUGAAAUCUUCAAUCGAUACGAAACGUUGAUAGACGCGGGGAUGAUGUUGUCCGAGCACGAGGAUAAAAAUCUCGAGAUAUUAGAGGACAGGGGAACAGAAAUACAUCAUAUGACGGAGGCGAAGUCACAAAAGCUGAUGGCAUUGAAUAAUAAACUAGCGCAGCUACAAGCGAGGCGAGAUAAGGCAGAGGCGCAAGCUCGUAGAUGGGAGACGAUCGUGGCUGAGAUAAAAGUGAAGGCCGCGGAGAAAAAUUUGGAGCACACGCAGGUAAAAACGUGCUGCUGGAAUCUGUAUCAACAGAUCUGUAAGAGAAAGGAUAUACCCAUAACUGUGAGCAAGGACGACGUCGAGCAACAGCUAGACCAAAUUAAGCGAACCAUUCUCGAACUGAAACGAAUCAUCAGAGUGGCGAAGAAACGGGCAGUAAAAUAGACACAACAAGACAGCGGGUUUACU